GUUCGCUUAGACGUCGCUGGUCGACUUUGUCCGCUGCAGGCCCUACCUUUGCGUUUGGAACCGUCUGGAUCGUUUGCUCUUGCCUCAACAGAAGUUGCUUGCCUCUUCACAUCAUUUCCGUCACUGACAAAAGUCUCUUCAAAAAAUCGAAGUGUCCAUGGCACAAAUCCACAGUCACGCGGCGACUCAUCGCUCGAAUUAGAAGCUAUUGCUGCCGUACAUGAACUGUCGUUUGCUGUAAAAAUAAUUUCGGUUUCAGAAAUUCUUCCGCGUACGCCGGACCUGAUCUUUGUCAACCUCACUACUACUGAAGGACAGCCAUACUGCCUUGAACUGACAAUGAAAGGUUGGCGUGUAACGUCAUUACGGCACGAUUGUAUGCAAGGAGAUUUUACGCGGCUGGAUCUCUUCACAACCUAUUACGACACGUUAUAUGAUCUGAUGGAUGAGCUUUCACCUGGCUACAGAAAUCGUUUCAACGAGAAGUUAGCACAAAAACUACGAAUGCUUCAGGUAGCUGCGUAUCAUAUCCGUUCAUGUACGCUCUAA